CCCUGGCUGGAGUGAGUCACUGGCACCGGCAUCCAGCAGAAGUGUCCUCUGUGGCUGGGGAGAUGCGGGGCAGAGCCGGGUGCCGGAUACUUCUCAGCCCUCUCCCCCCCAUGAGGCGUCCCCUGCUGGACUAGGCUGGAGGUGGCUGUGCGCAUCCAAUGCGCCGGGGCGCAGCGAGGCUGGGGGCUCCCCUGGGGUCUCCGGUCACCUGAGGACGGUGCUGCUGCCGGGGUUGGGCUCGCCGCUCGCUAUGGCAUUUACUUUCGCUGCCUUCUGCUACAUGCUGUCCCUGGUCCUGUGCGCUGCGCUCAUCUUCUUCGCCAUCUGGCAUAUAAUUGCCUUUGAUGAACUAAGAACGGAUUUCAAAAGCCCAAUUGAUCAGUGUAAUCCUGCGCACGCGAGGGAGCGACUGAGAAACAUUGAGCGGAUUUGUUUCCUCCUCCGCAAGCUGGUGCUUCCAGAAUAUUCCAUCCACAGCCUGUUCUGCAUCAUGUUUAUGUGCGCGGAGGAAUGGCUGACGCUCGUGCUGAAUGCUCCAUUGCUGUUCUAUCACAUAUGGCGGUACUUCCACUGCCCGGCGGACAGCUCAGAGUUGGCGUACGACCCACCUGUAGUAAUGAACGCCAGUACCCUGAGUUAUUGCCAGAAAGAGGCCUGGUGCAAAUUGGCAUUCUAUCUCCUCUCCUUCUUCUACUAUCUAUACUGUAUGAUAUAUACUUUGAUGAGCUCCUAAGGAGGAAGAGGAUGGGAGCCUGGGAAGGCAAUAACAAGCGGACAGGAUGAAGAACGUGUCUGGCUUUUGUACAGCGCUAGAGAUUGUAUACACGUCCACACCACCUACUAUGAGGGAACUCUGGCUGGUCAGACUCUGAAGAUCUGGGAGGCUGUAGCUCUGGAAGGCAGCGGGACAGUUCUGUUCAGUGCCAGCGUUCCUCACACAUUGCAAAUGCGAUCAUUGAUAAAUAGGCCUCACAGUCAUCUACGGAGAGAAUAAACCAGCCAUACCGCGCCACCUUGGUCAAUGAUUUCUGUGACAGAUUUACAAACAGCGACCGAUGUGGAGUUUUCCUAAAGCGGUCCAUCUGUAACAGCGGUCGCAGGCGGGCGUCAGGACGUGCAGAAUUGUGCAGGACAGUCAACGUCAUCCCUUUAAUAAUAGACCUUUAUGAAAUAUGAUGCUGGCAGCUGUCUCGUCGCUAUUGCAAUAAUUCAAAGACUUUUUUGCUCGAAACUUCAAAUGGCGUUCUUACUUUUUUUUUUUUAUGUAUUUAUUUUUUUAAUGUUGGUGUAAAUAUCCCCAUGAUACAUAUUCAGCAAGCGGCGCUGAUUGGGACUGAUGGUUGAAUCCACCUACGCACCCGUCCUCCUCGUGUCCUGGCUCCUCUCUGUAAGUGUCAGCCAACUGUCACUUUAUGUGCGUGGAGUCUCCUAAACGACAGGUCAUUCAUUAAGUAUAGCGCAGGCCCCGGCACGCCUGCCACAAGUGAUUGCCGAUUAUUUUCCAUUUGUCAGCCCGAAUCAAAACCUGCAUGUAUUUAAUUAAGUCAUCUUUGGAGUUGGAUAUUCAAUUAUCAUAUGUCUGCUGUGUGCCGCGCACUGGGAAUUGCGAUGCGUCCAGGUUGGGCUGGGGGAGAGGGGGGGAGGGGUAUGCACAUCUUCCCAAUGUUAGUUUACAUAGCGCAGUUUCUGCUGUUCCGACAAGGGCUGAGGUUGUAUUGUUAUAGUACUGUGUGAGUCCUUCUAAACUGCACAAUUACAAACAGUUCUACUUGAA